AUCAAGGAUUUACACCAAUGGUAAUCCUAGGUAAUUAAAUGGUGUGCUACCAACUUUGUAAUUUAAGCAAUCAACCGCCAAUCUUAACCAAUCUUUGGUAACAUCUAUUCCAACAAGAAUGCGCUUGUCGAAACUCACUUUUAGACUAAAGACUAAUUCAAACAAUUUCAACACCAAUUUUAAAAACUAAAACAUUUGAAUCUUCCAAUCUUCACCACUUUUUACAUAAUAAUGUUAAAACUCUCUUAUACUAAUAAGAAUAAAAAUGGUGAGUGGGAGUCUCCUAGCCUAAGAUCCAUUUCCAUCUUAAAUUUCAGUAUUAGGUUUCCAUUCACCAGAGGUGAAACAUGGACAUGGCUAAGGCAAGUGUUAAUCCAUUUUCUCUCUUUCUAUUUGUCGUGUAAUCCCAUUUUCUCCGGAAAAUUUCUUUACCCACCUCCCUAUGGGUGGUCACCUCCUGCGAAAAAUCAAAACUACCCCUGCUUCGGAAGUUCAUUUCCGAAAGCGUGUUUUUUUAAAAAAAUUGACUUACUUCGGAAGUUCAUUUCCGAAACAAUUAUUUCGGAAGUGCACUUCCGAAAUACUGCGAUUUCUGCAGAUUUAUCAAAACACUCCCCCUCCCCCAAUCAUUUACCCUAAAUCAAAACAAAAAGUGGCAAAGGCGAAAAUUUGUGCAAACAGAAUUCCAAAGCUCCAUCAAGGCUCCAAUCACACUGCUAAACAACAUUCAAAAGCCCUCAAUCCUAACACUUUGAACAUGUCAGGCAACCAACCAGCACGCAGGACUGACGCUAAGGGAAGAAAGGGUUCUUCAAAGAAGGAGGUGAAAGAGGUGAAAGAGGUGAAAGAGGUGAAGGAGGUGAAGGAGGUGAAGGAGAAGAAGGAGAAGAAGAAGCUUUUGACUGGUUCUGCUUCGCAGCCUUCAGGCGUGAUCAACGCUGAUGGUUCUGAUACUGAGUGGGAUGAGGAUUGGUAUAAUUAUCUUCAUUCGGAGGAGUUCGCUCGUCGGGAAGAAUAACGUGUUUUUAUUUUGUUUGAUGUGUAUUUUGUAACGCUCGUCGGGCAGAAUAACAUGCUUUUGUCUUGUUUGACGUGUCUUGUUUUGUUCUGA